CUCCCAUCUUUCAAUUAUUGCUGCAAAAGCGUCAAUGGCAGCUGGAACUCCUUGAUUCUUAAUAUCCAGCGUCUCUCAUUCAGUUUAACAUUAAAUUAUCCCUCCCAUUCCCCCAUCAUAUCCUCCAAGAUGCCACCCCGGAUACAGAGCCGGAGCGUGUCCAACACCCUUCUUCCCUACCUCACAGCUACCUCCUCUUCCUCAUCCUCACUUUCUUCCAUUCCUCCAUUAUCCUCUACAUCAUCACAAUGCCUUUCCCGUCAGUUCUCUGCCACGGCAGCACCACAGGCACAGACCAAGCUCCGUCGGCAGAUGUUCGAAUGGCUUAACAAUGAUGGAGCUGUUUUCAAGCAUCACGUUCCUGGAGAAACCAACUACAUUAGUCGCAUACAAAAACGAGGCGACGAGAGUUCAGAGAACAACCGUCCGUUCCCCAACAACCCAAGUUUCUUCAGCGAGCCUGUCCUCAGUGAGGAGCUACGGAAUGAGGUCUAUAACCGCAUCGUUGAACAGAAGAAGAGUCUCCGCGCCGUCAGCGUGGAGCUUGGAAUCGAUAUGAAGCGUAUUGCUGCUGUCGUGAGAUUGGUAGAAUUGGAGAAGAGACAGCGCGCACAGGGAAAACCUCUAGCACUGCCAUAUGCCCGGGCCAUCCACGAGAUGGUCCCCACCACACCCCUCGCCGAGAAAGGCGAGCGUCAACCAUUCCACGAACCCAUCAACGACCUCCCCGCCCACCCCCUGACAGGCUCCCAAAUCUUCUACCCAGUCCCCGAAUCCCGUUCCUUCAACCGUGUCGAGGCGGGUCGCGUCUUCUCCGGCGCCCCAGCAAUGGAGCACUCUGAGGCCGCGGAAAUCUCCCACCCCUCUGACCUCGCCGAAAAGAUCAUCGAGGACCCCAACUCCAUCAGCUGGGUCGGCAAGGGUGCCAACGCCCGCCAGAUCCUGCAGCCUGCUGACGUGCGCAUUCCUCACCCUCACAUGGUUGCUCUGGAGCGCGACCGCCUCGCGCACCCCAACGAGCGUCUAGCUGUUGCGGACCUCCAAUCUAAAAGACUCAAGCGCCAGGACGCAAUUGAGAAGGAGCGUCGUGAGCGCAUGCAGGCUCGCCGUGAGAAGAAGUUGACUGUUGUCUCGCCCGAGGACUCGCGUUUCGACUACCGUAUCAAGGAUACUAUCUACACUACGGAGACCACCGGCGCUGAUGGCCGUGGAUCGAAGGCUGCUGGUCGUCGCUACGGUGUGCCUCACCGUGACCGCACACGCGGCGAAGUCAAGAUUCCUACCCGUGUGGAGGCUUGAUUUAUCUUGAGAUAGUCCUCGGGCUGUUUCUUUGUUCUUUUUCUGCGUUUUUCAGCAACCUUCUCGGCUACGGCCUUUUGUAAUUUUACUUGUACGCAUACUCAUCCAUGGAUGUAUGAAGGAGGCUGUUAUGUACCUAUAUACCGG